CUAGAUAAAUGAGUUAAAUUUAAAUACUGAAUGAAGUUGAUAAAGUAGGGAGGAGUAAAAAAAAAAAAGCCAGCGAUGAUUAGUCUAGAAAAGGGAAACUGGCUGCAGCUCUAGUUUAAAAUAUUGUUUGAUGAUAAUGAUUACUUUUUGUGAUCAUUGUUCUAUGAUCUCCAAGUGGCUCAGAACAGCAAGUGUGGCUGUCACUAGUUAAUUUAAAUUGGAGGAUUCUGUUUAACCAGGCCACUUCUUUUGACUGCGUAAAGGCAAAUGCUCAACAAUGACAGCAUAACUGCGGUGUAUCGCAACUAGCUGAUCUCUGUUGUUUCUGGAUUGUAAUAAGCCUGCUGUUGUCGUUUAUAGAAUAUUAAAGGAAAUUUAAAAGCAACUGGUCAACUACGGGCCAAGAAGAGUUAUUUGAAAUUUUGGAAACUAAACUAAAAUUUGGAAAGCAAAACAAGAACUAAGAAAAUAUUGGUAUUACAUUUGUAUUUGGAAAAAAUUGUAGCUGAGGAGUUUCAGGUGAGUGUGUGUGGGUCUUAGAGCUGAAACGCUGAAUAAAUAAAUAAAUAGAAACUUUUUUCAGUGCCGUUUAUUUUUUGAAAUAUAAAUUUGUUUCCGUUUUAAAUUUGGGGUUUGUUUCCAAUGCCAAACUUUAUUUUAAUUUCGCUGUCUGAAACCAGGCGACCAGGUUUUAAGACAUCUGCCUCUAAGCCAAUACAACGGAGUGAACUAAACUUGGGGUCUUGAUUCUCAAGGUGCUUCAAAAUGUUACUGGCAAACCUGAAGGGAUCGUGUUUUUCCAGGAACGGCAGAAACCUGGGUGCCAGACCUUACACUCUCAUGCAGGCUGUUGGGAUGUGUUGUGCUGCAUUUGGAAAGACAGUGGUCUGAGAAUAGUGAGCCUUAGGAAUGCCUGGAAUGGCAAUCACCUUUAUUCUAAUUACUUUCCUGCUAUCACCAUUCUGUUAGCUGCUCUUUAGUUACCUUACAACACACAACCCGUCACUGUCCCUUGCACUGGUGCACAUUGUCACGAUGCGUGUUCAAACCGCCCUCCUCGCGCUCUCACUUUGUUUUAACAUGUUUUCCUCAUCUCAUCCCAAAUCUGCAAAGAAGUUAGGUUGCUUCAAAGUCAACAACUGCAAAUGCAUCAUGAAGGAUGGGAGCGGUGUGAUAAACCUGAAGGCUAUGGGAGAUGCAGACGGUUUCCUGGGGCGUUUGAAGCCUGUGUCAGCAGAGAACAUGUGGGCCAGUGGGAGAUCCAUGUCGGAGGUCCUUCUGUCCUUCAGCCCCUGCCAGCCCUUCUCACAGCCAGAGGACCUGACGGGAACUGAUUGCACCAAUGUCGCUGUAUGCCUCACUGUCAGGUAUCGCAGAGACUUUAGCCAUUAUAUCAGCUAUGGGAGACAUGAAGGGAAUGAAUUCCACUACAACAACACCCUGAAGAUGUUGUCUGUUUUAUACUUUUCUCAUGACGAGCAGCCGCUGACAAUAGUGCAUUACCACUGUAAUCCAAAUCAGUCCACUUCUUUCAUCCGGGACCACAGCCUCAGCAUGGAGGAGCCCCUGCAGAUCUGGGUGGAGAGCCCCUGUGCUUGUCCAAAUGCUUGUGCCAUGGGAGAUCUGGGCCUGGGCACCAUAUUUCUCAUCAUCCUCUCCAUUAGUGCUGCUGCAUACUUCAUCCUUGGCUCCUGCGCUCUGAGGCCUUUUCGGAGCAGCGGCGGGGUCCAGAUCUCUCCAGAGCACAGCGUGUGGUGUAUGGUCUGCUGCCUCUGUGCUGAGAGAAGGCCAGCAAGAACACACUAUACAGACAUGCCCCACCGUGAACGAUAAGCAGCAGCAUAUCUCUGGAACACUGCAGCCUCAGUGUGGCAAGUUUUUUGACCUAAAG